UUGGCUGUCGAAAGUGGAAGCGCUGGAAUACUUAGCUUUUGUUUUUUGUUUUUCUUCGUCAUCAUCUACUCUUCUCCCACUGCCUUUGGUUCUUUAACUCUUUUAUUAUAAGACGAGGAUGAAAUUACAGGCCUCUGAUAAGGGCACUGUAAAUGUCUUCGUAGCCGAAAUGUACUAAGUCACUGUACUAAAGUUGUGCAUCUGAAACACCUUAACGAAGACAGAUCAAAUAAUUGAAAAAUAUAAACCAGUAGACCAGUUGAACAAGUGUUCGGUGUUCUGCGGUGUUCGGCAUCCAGUGCUGAAGGCCGAAGUAUCUUUAAAUUACUCGCCAAGAGAAAGAAGUUAUCAUUUCAUCAAGCAAGAUGAACAAGCGAAAUCUAGAUAGAGGAAAUGGAGUAUUAGCCUCAGUGUGAUGAGACGGAAACCUGUAAGCAGCCCAAGAGUGCACUGAAGUUCAUGUCCAUUGCAUCAGCCAGAAGACGGUGAACCAAUAUUUCAGAAAUGCGAGCGACAAGACAGCUCGCCAGCAGUCCUAGCCAUUGCUGGUUGGCAGUACUGAUAACACUACUGUUCCUCUCCGGCUUUCAAGAUACCUCCUGCGUCCUCGCAAAUGCAACGGAGAAUCCCCAGCGGAUGUGGGAUCCAGAGAAGGGUUCGAUCCUAGGACAAGGGGUUGGAUCCUUCGCCCUCGAGAAUGUCACGACGACGAACCAGACGGUGGAGGUCGGAUCCACGGUGUUCCUGCACUGCCAAGUCAGGAAUCUGGCAGAUAAACAGGUGUCUUGGAUCCGGCGCCGCGACUACCACAUCCUCACCUCCGGCCUCCACACCUACAGCAAGGACGAGCGUUUCACCGUCGUCAGGCCUGAGGACGCCGACGACUGGGCUCUGCAAAUUCGAUUUGUCCAGAAGCGUGACGAGGGGGCCUAUGAGUGCCAGGUGUCAACCAAGACGGGUCGCUAUGGAUACGUCGUUAACCUGAAGGUGGUCACCCCGAAAGCGGUUAUCUCGGGGUCAUCAGAACUCCACGUCCAGUCCGGUUCAACUAUUUCUCUGCUCUGCAUCAUUGAGGGGAGCCUGUCUCCGCCGCAGUUCAUCUUCUGGUACCACGAUAACCGCAUGAUCAACUAUGACCAGUCCCGCGGCGACAUCUCGGUCACGAUAGACCACCAGGAGCUUAUAACCUCCCGCCUCACCAUCAACAACGCCAGCUUCAAGGAUUCUGGGAACUACACCUGCAGCGCCAACAACAUUAACCCGUCCUCAGUCAACGUCUACGUGUCAGAAGGCAAAGGCGACAAGACGGCAGCAAUCCAGCGACUGGGAUCUGGCAGCGAGAGCGUCACAAGCUCAGCCACGACCGUCUGCUCCCUCCUGCUGGUGGUUCUCCUGAACAGCGCGUCCAACCUGUGCUCGUCGCCCGGGACCUGAUCCCCUUCAGACUGAUCGCUGCGUCAGGAGGGUCUGGCGCGUUUCGUUUCGCCAAGACUAAUGCUCAUUUACC